AUGUCGGGUCGUGGUAAAGGUGGCAAAGGACUCGGGAAAGGAGGCGCUAAGCGUCACAGGAAGGUGCUGCGUGACAACAUUCAGGGCAUCACAAAACCCGCCAUUCGACGUUUAGCGCGCCGUGGCGGAGUAAAGCGGAUCUCGGGUUUGAUCUACGAGGAGACUCGAGGAGUGCUGAAGGUGUUCUUGGAAAACGUCAUUCGUGACGCCGUUACGUACACUGAGCACGCAAAGCGCAAGACUGUGACCGCCAUGGACGUGGUUUAUGCUCUGAAACGCCAGGGCCGUACCCUUUAUGGCUUUGGCGGCUAA